CUUUUCGAAGAGUACGGCAUGAAUCCACACUGCCCCAAUGCCUGCGCCAAGAAGGACAAUCCUUGUCGACAGAUGGAUGGCGUUGUGAAGCUUGGGGAUCCAGAAGACACGAUGCAUGAAGCCGAAAUCUUCACAAGUUGUCGUCCUAUCAACUACGCAAUCGACAAAGACGACUAUCAAUGCAUUUGCAAAGAGGUGACAACUGUGUUUGUGUGUAAAUGUCUCAGUAUUCACAUUUUUCCGAGAUUCGGUUUUGCCUGCCAUGCAGAAAUGCCAAUGGCGACUAGACUAAAUGGUGGGCACUUGCGGGAUGUGAAAAUGGCACACUUCAAAAGACUUUUUCACUUCAUUUGGAUUGCAGUUUCCGCCUCGCCUCGCCUCGCCUUACCUCACCUCACUCCACCUCAUCGGCAGCCCCAAUGGGAUGCGAAAGCUGAUCGUGUGCAUCAACCGGCAACGCUACCACUUGAGUGGGUUACAGUUGCCGAGUUGAUGUUAGUUGCCGAGUUGAUGGGUGACUUGAGUUCUAAGUUAGGAUCUACCGACAGCCUCGAGACCUGCUCAAUCGGUAUAUGA